AUGAGUGCACAAGCAUCGGCAACUACUGACCCUUCAACGCGCGUCGAAUGGAUGUGGCAAUCGAACCCAAAACCAUGGUCGACGACCGAGAAACCAGAAUGGAGUCAUUAUUCAGAUGUCGAAGAUCUCAUUAUUGAAGAAGCAUUUUUGAAUAAUCAAACUCAUGCCAUUCUGGAUGGACAUUGUAUUGAUGUUAAGCAUCUUGUCCAAAUUUCCGACAAUGACAAGAACAAACAAAGGCCUGUCAAACGACUCGUGUGCAAAAAAGAAGAGACACGAUUACGACAGGAUCGUUUCUUGCCCGAUCCUAUAGCUCCAAAACGACCUUUCGGGGGCCAGUACGGGUGGGUUUCACCCUUCAUAUUAGAGGUGAGAAAGAGCUUGAACCUUGGCGAGAAACAAUUACCUUCCAAAGACGAAACCAUCGUGCCGAUGAUUGUUGAAAAGGCUGCUCUCGGUAUCAUUGAAGAAGGCAAGUUAAUUGGAAGGCGAAUAGCAGCAGAAAGGAUGGCCAAAGAAUUGAUGAUCCAGCAAAAAAAUGGAAUCAAGGAAAUCUGGAAGUGCUGUGCUCGUUUAUACACAAUGGAAGAAUUUUUAUACAAAAAAUUAAAUGAAGCUAUGAGAUUGAUAGGUAGUGAAGAACAAGAGCAAGUCUGGCGGAGUAAAAUCCGAACAUUGGGACCCUUUUGUUUACUCCUGUGGGAUAAUCCAUUUAACAAUAAACUGAACAAGAAUAUGGAGCUUUAUCGAGGGGCAGCACUAACAGAGAACCAAAUUGCCACCUAUCAAGACUUGACUGCGCAUCCUGAUGAAUAUCGCUCAUUCCAAGCGUUUACAUCUUGCAGUCGAAAUCGUGAAUUAGCAGAAAUAAGAGGGAACGUUUUGUUCAUCAUUAAAGUAGAGUACGCUUUUACCGUCGACCUUAGUGGACUAUCGGUAAUCCGUGACGAAGAAGAAGAGCUUAUAACUCCAGGUGUAUGUUUCAGUGUGCAGAAAAUGGAGUUUGACAAUGCUAAAAAGAAACACAUGAUUUAUUUGCAGCUAAGACAGCGCUUUUCCGGUAAAUAUGAUUGCGUCUUCUACAAUCCUUCUGACAUGAUAAACAUAUCCUAAAAAGCACUCGAUCAGACUAGUUUCGUGAUAAACUUAUCUUGAUCACUAAAAGGUGUUUUUGGAACGGUAUUGUUCGUAUUAUAGAGUGUGUAGAUGAGUGUGAAUGAAGCGAAAACUCACCUUCACAUCGAUGACAACUUACACCUGUAAACUCCAACAAGAAUUCUGUAACAUUUUCUUUUUUUCACAUAUCUAUGAGUUCUUUGGUAUCAUCGCAAUCUUUUGAUAUAAUAAUUUUCAAUGCAAAAGAAACAAUUUCAAAAUCUUUUUUAUUGAAGCCGAUAAGGAGUUUUCUUUAGCUAUAUUCUUCAGAGAUUUGUUUGAUUGAAAUUUUCUGAAUAAUAAUUUAGUUGUCCACUUUUCCAAAACAGUUUCAAACAAUGGCCAAUGUAGAUCUUAAUUGUAACAUUGUAGAAGGUCUUGGUAUAGUGCUGAUUAGUUGAUACGCAGUUGAAUCAUGAAACGGACUUCUUGUCUUCCGGGGCCUUUUAUGAUACACGACAUAUAGUAGUUGGUUAGAAUGAUUUCUGAUGUAAAAAAAAUGAACUAGAUAAAAAUGCCCAUGUAGCCACCUAAAUAAGAAGCAUUUCUUCAGGAAUUGGAAGACGUAAUUUGAACAAGCACAGGGAUAUCCUCGAAAAUCGCGUUUAUGUAGGUUUUCUCCUACUUUUUUAAAUAAAUAUUCAGCAGAGUAAUGAUAAGAUAAAAAUUGACCGGUUGAGAGAAAAACAAAAGCUGAUUACAUUACGUAUUCAUUCAUGUUCAUCAAAAACAAAUCAUUUUUUUCACUUAAACACGCCG